AUGCAAAAAUCGAGAUCAGAGCCUAAUAAUCGACUUGGAAAUCCUUUCAUACUGCUGAAUGAAUCAAAGAGAAGACAAUCGACUGGCGUUAUAAAAAGAGCUGUAUCCAGUCUCAGUCAGUCUACCAAAUUAACAUCGCAAUCCUUGAGCAAAAAUGUAUGGAGAUCGCCUGGCUGCUACGAAAUCCCAAAUAUCCUGGGUCAUGCAUAUUUGAAGCCUGGCCCACCUGUUGCCUUUGAUCUUCGUCCUCUCAACCUAUCCAAGCAGAUAUCCAAAAAACCAUGGUACCCCCCUAAUCCGUACUACGAAGUACCUCCUUUGCCACCCUUGACUCGGUCAGGAAACAAAUUAGAAGCAAAGAUCCGCAAGAUGCUUCCAAAAAUAUCCAUUCGCUCUUCAGAUCCUCGGACACGAUAUGCACAGUUUAAAGAGAUAGGCACAGGUGUCAAUGGAGCAGUGAUACGUGCCAACUACCGCAAAAAGCAAGGUCAGCAAUGCGCCAUCAAACGAUGUAAAUUAGAUCCUGAUGUAGAGUAUCGUGCUGCCAUCCUGAGAGAGCUUCGCAUCAUGGCCACUGGACAUGCCAAUCUGAUCAAACUGAGAGAAAUCUUGCUCUGGCGUGAAGAUAUCUGGAUCAGCAUGGACCUGAUGCGCUGCUCAGUGUUUGCCGUUCUCUGUCAACGUGGAAUCCCGGAGGCGCAUACCAUCUUCAUUACCAGGGAAACGCUCAAGGGUCUGAUUUAUCUCCACUCAAAGGGCUAUCUUCACCGAGACAUCAAAUGUGAAAAUCUACUGCUGGGUUGGCAUGGUGAGGUCAAACUAGCUGAUUUCGGCCUGUCUGCAAAGACCAGUCGCAAGCAUCGUGAUCGCCUUGGUACAAGCAAAUGGAUGGCGCCUGAAGUCAUUCGAGAAGACUACUACAGUGAGAAGAUUGAUAUGUGGUCAUUGGGUAUAGCCGUCAUUGAAAUGAUGGAUCGUGUACCUCCUCAUUACUUGAUUAAGGAUGAAACAGAGCUGUUUAGUGUCAUUACCUCUGAACCGAGCCCCACAUUUACCUACAGCUACCCAAGCAUGUAUAUGCGAGGUCUCGUCGCUUGGCUUUUAGACGAGGAUGCCAACACGAGACCUGUGGCUAAAGAUGUCUUGCUGGAGAUUGAUACACACAUUCAGAGACACUUGCUUCCUUGUUCUUCACCCAUUGAAUUGGCCCAUUUCCUGAACCAAGUACUGAAAGUUUAA